CACUAAAUUUACAAGGGUGUGAGAAUUUGGAAGAGGUGCAUCCCUCUCUUGGACAUUGCAGAAUGCUUACUUAUUUGAUUUUGUCUUAUUGUGACAAACUUAAGAAGCUUCCAAAAUUUGUCUGCAUGAAUUCUCUUAAGCAUCUCGAUCUCUCUAAUUGCACAAGCUUACAAGAAUUUCCAGAAAUAGUGGAGAUAUGUGGCACCUAUCAAAACUCAAUCUAGGAUCCUCCUGGAUAAGAAGCUUAUCCCCGUCUCUCAGCGGCCUUAGAGAGUUGAAAUUGGAUGAUUGUGAAAUUCUUGAAAGUAUUCCAGACACUAUUCGAAAUCUUAGUGAUCUCAGUAUUUCAGGUUGCAAUAAACUUACAACACUGCCAGACAGCCUCUUUGAAUCACAGCAAUUGGAAUAUCUUUAUAUACACCGAUGUUCUGGAUUGGUGAAGCUCCCCUCAUCUCUUGGAGUUCAAAAGAAUCUCGGUUCGUUAGAGAUGGAUAGAUGUGAGAACUUACAGAAGUUUCCAAGCUCUAUUUGGAUGGAAUCCCUUCAACGACUCAAGAUAUUUAAUUUACCAAAAUUAGAUACAUUUCCAGAAAUCAAAGGAGAUAUGCAUUGCUUGGAGGCCCUGACUCUGACGUCUACUGGGAUACGAGAAGUGCCUUCAUCCAUUGGGAAUCUGAGCGGCCUCACUUCUCUAAAUCUGUCAGGUUGUGAAGAUCUUGUAAGUCUACCAGACAACCUCUGUAAUUUGAUGAAUCUUCGUAAACUUAACCUCAGAGGUUGCAAAAGUCUAGAAAAGCUUCCAGAAAACAUUGGGGAUUUGCAUCAAGUAUCAGUUUUAUCCUUACCAAAACUUCAUCUUAUUACUCCCUAUCGUUUGGGUGGACUUCCUGAGGAGUUAAGAGGUUUGCACUUUUUGAAUGGGUUGGAUGUAAGUGGAAGCAAUAUUUCUUGUUUACCAAAAAGCUUCAAAGGACUCUUUCCCCUUCGGAAGUUGAACGAACAAUUCUGUGAGAAUCUUAAUGAACUGCCAUCAGGAGAGCUACCCCAAAUUUAAAAUGGCUAAAUGCAGAUUAUCAUUUAGCCCUGAAGAGCAUCAGAGAUCUCGUAAUUGUCUUGAGUUGUGUACGCUGGGGAUAUCCAACUGUGGAACUGUCUCAAGUGAACACGUUGAUGUGUUCCUACAACAUUUUCUCAAGACAUGCAUCCAGUGUGACUUCCACCAAAGGAAUUUUUUUAUCAUUACUUUUCCCGGAGUCAGAAUUCCAGAGUUUUGGUUAUGAUCGUUUUAUAAAUCAAAAAGAGAUGUCAAUUCAUCUGAAUCCAUCUUGGUAUACAGAUAAAUUCAUGGGUUUUUGGAUAUGUUACGGUCCUAUUAAAUUUCGCUCAGUAUGAGUUAUAUUGGUCUGCAAAUCUGACCCUGAAAGAAAAUAUUCCUUGGAGUAUGACAUGUUUGCAUAUUUUAUGAUCGAGUAUCCUUUAAUUUGUUGCUUGUGCAUACCAUUUGAAACAUUGUGGAACAAUGGCGAAGGCAAUAAAGAAGGGAAGAAUCCAAACGAUUAUUACAUGUUGGAGCUAUCUAGGGAAGAAAAAUGCUGCUGGGGAAUUCGACUGGUGUAUGAAGAGGAAGCAAUGAGUUAUGAUACUGCUCAUAAGAAAAGGAAAAGAAGAAGCAAUGAGUGAGGCAACAGUUUGUUUAAAUGUAAAAGGUUAUUUCGAUUUGGAGAGACAUUUUUAAUUUGAAAAUUAAUACUAUUAAAAAUAAUUGAGUCAUAGAAUUUGUACAUGUAAAUAUAUAAAUAUUGGAUGCUCCAUUAUGAGUUGAGAAAACUUCUCUAGUUAAAUAAAUUCUUUUUAAAUUUA